AUGGUCCAGAAGGGAGCCAAAAAUAAUAAAUCGGUACAUUCGGAACUCUGGUUCAACCCACACAUCUCGGAGAGAUCGACGGCCUUCGAGUUUAUCUCCAGGAAAGAGAACGACACGUUCUGGGAUGAAAUCUUACCAAAAGCCCCCCAGGCCUAUCGCAUGCGCGGGGAACUUGUGAUGAUGGAACGGAUUCUUCCAUUACCGAAAGUCGUAGGCAAGGCAUUGAUCUCGCAGUUUUGCGCUCUCGAUAAGACCGAAAUUGAAACCUCCUCAAUCACCCUCAAAACAAGCACUGUCUAG